AUGGAAGAGUUAUUUGUAACUCUUGUUCGUCUUCGGAAAGGUUUACCAGAAAAACAUUUAGGUGAUCUGUAUAACCUUUCUGAGGGACAUGUGUCAAAAAUACUCAACACUUGGAUUGCUUUUCUUGACAACAGACUGUCUUCGCUACCAAUUUGGCCACAAAGAGAUCAUGUGAAUAACACCAUGCCAGCAAUUUUCAGGACAUAUUUUUCCUCUACUCGAACCAUAAUUGACUGCACAGAAAUAUUCAUAGAACACCCAUCUGCCUCGGAGUGUCAGCGGGAGACAUUUUCCUCGUACAAACAUCACAACACUGCAAAGGGUCUCAUUGCCAUCGCACCAAGUGGCCAAAUCACAUUUAUUUCUCCGCUCUACUCUGGGCGAUGUUCAGACAAGAAAAUAAUUCGCCAUUGUGGAUUGUUGGACCUGAUAGAGGAAGGAGAUGGUGUCAUGGUUGAUCGCGGCUUUGACAUUACAACAGAUCUUGAAAACAGGGGUGCUCUUCUUAUAAUGCCUGCCUUUUUAAGUGGAAAAGACCAAUUCACUCCUGAUCAGUUAUCUCAAUCCAGAGAAAUAGCAACAGUGCGCGUCCAUGUUGAGAGGGCUGUGAGGAAGAUCAAAGAAUUUGAAAUUCUGAGACACACAGUUCCCAUCACAUUGUGUCCUAUGCUUGAAAAGAUAUGGAAUAUUUGUGGACAUUUGGCUAAUUUCUCAGGGAGUGGAACAUUGUUUAGACAACCCAAAGAUGUCUCCACUUGUAAAGAAUAA